ACUCGGGGGGGAGGGUAAAUUACUUUAGUGGAGGAAUCCAAACUGUAUUUGAGUCAUUACGAGUGGUGUUUACCACGAUGAAAUAACUUUCCCUUCAUAAGCAACACACUUCGCCUGUUCCUUCAGCUGCUUCUAUUGUGAGUUUUGUCAGAGUUGGCCAAUUAAUUUGACUUUAGUGCAUGUAGGCUAUGUUCGGUCAUAUUUUAACCCAUAGAAUAAUUAGUCCACCAUGCACAUAACAGCCUACCUACACAAAGUGGUUGGAAGGCUAUGUUUCAGUGAAACGCGGUGUGUUUUGGUGGAGGCUUGAAAGGGUUAAUUGUAGGAGGAGCGUGGCGGCCGAAGGGGAGUAGCGCGAGCGGAGACCGGAGGUGGAGCGAACACACAGCUGCUCGCUCUCGUCACUAGACUCCGAGCGUGUUGCUGACACAAUUUUUGUGGGACCUCGGGACUCGUCUUGGACGUAAACACGCAGGGGAACGCUGGUUCAGACUGUAACCAGAGAGCGUCAGGAAAGUCCAUGUAAACAGCGAACUGAGGAGCUCAAAUUUCUUCCGACAAGCCUGGAGCAUCGGCUCAGCACAUUUGGAUUGACUCUCAGGAAGAUCCGUCUGACCAAAGCGAGAAGGCGUGCGGGACAGCCUCUUCGUAUCCCGAGACUGAAACUCAGGACGUUCCCUACGUGGAAUACCAUCUGAACUAGAUACCAGUUUGCGUGUUGUAUGUGGCUGUCUGUGUGGCUUUUCCACUGCAACAGCAGUUCUGGCUGCUACGGUCGUGAGCGUGUCCGAACGCACUGAAUCUGAUUGCACUGGAGUUUGGAAGUAAUUCGCGGGAUUUCCCACCGGAGAAGGCCAAGAGGACUUGUCAUACCUCAGGGGGACUAGGUUGAUUUCUGCCUCACCAAGUUUCAGAGGCAUCUGUCGAUAUUCCGGUCAAAUAUCUAUCGAACGCAGUGCUGCGGGUCGCUCUGUUGACAUGCGCUCAGGAAUUCUGUCAGAUAUGCAGAUUCCGUUUAGAUUUUGUACGGGGCAUUUUUCCGUACAGUUACUUUAGUUGUAGUAGCCUAGAAAUUUAGUUUCAACGGGGAACGAAACCAUAUUAUCGGAGCAGACAACCACAAUGACAGUGCUAGAAUAACUCAAUAUUUCUCUUAAGUGACGAAAUUGUUUUUAUUAUUUCACUCUUUGUGUCCACACUACGACAAAAAAGAUUGUUUUUUUUUUUAAUAAAUUUCCUUGGCUGCAAAAGUGGACCUUGCGCGUCACGGCAGGCGCUACACGCUAACUACAUUGUAACACCCGGAGGAAAAAAAUAUUUCUGUUCGAGGGGGAGCGAUAUCGGAACGGUAGCAGAAUGUACGAGAGCGUGGACGUUGUGGGGCUCACUUCCAGCCCGAACCCCUUUCUGAUGAUGGAUUACUACAACCAGAGCCGGGGCUGCCUGAUACCGGAGAAGGGACUGGUUCCCGGGGCGACCCAUCCCUACAGCUCGUCUCGGCGAAACCAACACUGGAGCGGCUCCAACCACUCCAUAGAGACGCAGAGCACGAGUUCGGAGGAGAUUGUCCCGAGCCCCCCCUCCCCUCCCCCUCCCCCGCGCAUCUACAAGCCGUGCUUCGUGUGCCAGGACAAGUCCUCAGGGUACCACUACGGAGUCAGCGCCUGUGAGGGCUGCAAGGGUUUUUUCCGGCGGAGCAUCCAAAAGAACAUGGUGUACACGUGUCAUCGGGAGAAGAACUGCAUCAUCAACAAGGUGACGCGGAACCGCUGCCAGUACUGCCGACUGCAGAAGUGCCUCGAAGUGGGCAUGUCCAAGGAGUUCAAGGCACCGCCAGCGGUGCGGAACGACCGGAACAAGAAGAAGAAGGAGGAGAAGAAGCCCGAGUGCAGUGCGGAGAGCUCCACGCUGAGCGCCGACACAGAGGCCAUGAUCACCAGGGUCCGCAAAGCCCACCAGGAGACCUUCCCCUCCCUCUGCCAGCUGGGCAAAUACACCACCAGUAACAGUUCGGAGCGGCGUGUGUCGCUGGACGUGGACCUGUGGGAUAAGUUCAGCGAGCUGUCCACCAAGUGCAUCAUCAAGACGGUGGAGUUCGCCAAGCAGCUGCCCGGCUUCACCACACUCACCAUAGCCGACCAGAUCACACUCCUCAAGGCCGCCUGCCUCGACAUCCUGAUCUUGCGGAUAUGCACACGUUACACUCCGGAGCAGGACACCAUGACCUUCUCGGACGGGCUGACGCUGAACCGCACGCAGAUGCACAACGCCGGCUUCGGCCCGCUCACGGACCUGGUCUUCGCCUUCGCCAACCAACUGCUGCCGCUCGAGAUGGACGACGCAGAGACGGGGCUCCUCAGCGCCAUCUGUCUGCUUUGCGGGGACCGUCAGGACCUGGAGCAGGCUGACAAGGUGGACAUCCUGCAGGAGCCCCUGCUGGAGGCUCUGAAGCUCUACGUGAGGAACAGGAGGCCCCACAAGCCCCACAUGUUCCCCAAGAUGCUCAUGAAGAUCACCGACCUGCGCAGCAUCAGCGCCAAGGGAGCGGAGCGCGUGAUCACGCUGAAGAUGGAGAUCCCCGGCUCCAUGCCGCCGCUCAUCCAGGAGAUGCUGGAGAACUCCGAGGGCAUGGAGAGUUCCGGCGCGUCGGGCUCGGGCUCGGGGAGGACGAGUGGAGCGCCACCGGGCAGCUGCAGCCCCAGCCUGUCCCCAAGCUCCGCCCAGAGCAGCCCGGCGACACAGUCGCCAUAGCAACGCCCCAGAAAAACGCUCUCAGCAACGACCACCGACUACUGUGUCCCAUGCAGCAGACAUACACACACACAAUCAUAUAGACUUGAGCGGUCACACACACACGGACACGGACACGAACUUGAGCAGUCACACACACUCCUAAACGGACACGGACUUGAAAAGUCACACACACACACACGGACUGGAGCUCUGGACAUUGGCCUCCUCUGAGUGCUCAACCUCUGGAAUUGUUUUGUGUGUUUUUCUCAGCUUUGGAGAGACUAAUACACAAUAAGUGUUAGAGGUGUGUUUCUUGCACCUCUGUCCAGAUCCCUCUUGCCUCUCUCUGGACUCACACACACACACACACACACACACACACACACAGAGUGGCAGUGAAGAGAAACUUCAGGCCCAUAAUGGGACAGGAAUGGGAGCUGCUGACUGCUCAGACAGACAAACAGACUGGCUGGAGAAAGACUAAUCUCAGACUCUCAGACUAAUCGACUGAAGGAACCCAGAGAACAGUAAUGAAUGGACACCUUGAGACUCUUAUCUCCUGGACGCGGUCAGAAGAAGAGGACAAAACAAUAGUCUUACAUUCUCUUCUCUAUUUCUCUGUUUCCAUCUUCAAGAGACAGAUUUCUUACAAAAGUAUAUAUAUAAAUAUAUAGAGAAGAUCAGGAAUGAUUGUGAGUUGUCCAUGAAUUGAAUGACCGAUUUAAAAAAAAGAAAAAAAAAGAAAAAAAGUUUUUUUUUUGAAGUUUAGAUGCUGUUGUAUUUCUUCACUGUUGCAAAUCUUUUCAUACUCAUGAACGCAAAAAAGAAAAGAAAUUUGUUCUGUUGUUGUUUUUAUCACUGACUGAUGUUGUUUUCAUGGAAACAGAAAUUCUAAAAAUUAAAAAUUAAAAAUUUUUAUGACAAA